AUGAGGAGGUCCCGGUAUAUUUCUGAAAGCUCCAUAGAGCUUGAAGAUGACUGGCCACCCACCAAUACUGAGGGGAUGUUGAGUGAUGGAGCUGAUAGUACUGGAACUGUACCUAUGAUGGCCCCACCUAGCAUGCAACCUCAGUUCUUUAACCCUGCCCAAUUUACACCUGCAACAUCAAACUCUUCGCAUCCAGCAAGGAGGCCUGGCCCUGGGAGACGAGCAUACCCAGUAAAACGAUGAGAGAAGUCUACAGUAGGUCAGCUUUUGUGAUUGAGAAAUUCAGUUUUCUUUUCUGUGAUCUAUAGACUUUUUAUAUUAUUUUUCAAGCUUGCAGAAGCUUUAAUUAUAUUUAUUAGAUACUAAAUUUGUAAGUAAAAAAUAAAUAAAUAAAAUGAAACUUCAUGGUACUAUACAUAUGAAAUUUUGCUAGUUGUGAAGAAAUUGUUAUGGAAGAAUAUUAAUGAGGCAGAGGUAUGACAUUUUAUAUGAAGCUGUGUGCCUGUUUUUAAGUUUUCAUGAUAAAUAGUACUGAUAACUAAGAUAAUAAAAAAAUUGUAUUACGUUUUAAGAAUGGUGGGUUAUUGUCAUUAUUUUGUAGAUGGUGAAAAUGAGCAUUUAAAUAUAUUGAAAUAAAAAUCAGGACAAAGAGCUUUGCAGAUUGUUAUGUAAAGGGUUUAUUAUCUGUUUCCUUAUUUAGAUGCUAGAGGUUUUAGCCUUUAUACUUGUGUAUGAUAUUUGGAUUGAAUGGUUGAACAGAAUAGGUUAAUUGUGCAAUUAAUAUAUAAUACCAAGGAGUUAUGAAUUUGAUAAAUAUAUUUAUUUUUUUCAUUGAAUAUACAUCUUACAGACAAUCUUAGCUUUCAGUCAUGUAGGAGGCAAAUAUACUUUUGAUCUGUGCUAAGGUUGAAUAUUUUAUUUGUAAGGUAUAGGAUGCUUUAUAUAGUUACAGGUUUUUCAGAUCCUUGGUUACCUGAUGGCUUGGUGCUAACAGAGUACAGUUGAUGUAAAUUUUGUGAUUAGGGGAUUGUUUGCUGAUAAAUAUUGGUCUGGCAACUAUAGUGCCAAGAAUUGUUUUUCCAUUGAUACUUCCUUAUCUGUCACAAAGAAGGCUGGGCCAUUAUAUGCUUAAACUGCAGCUGAAAUGCCUCUCCAUUAAGAUCCUUUCAAGUUAUGACUGG